AUGAAGAAACAUCCAGUUUUGGAAACGGAAGUGACUCUGAACAGGAGGAUGAAUAAAAAACAAAACAAAACAAAAAAGGGAGGCCAAGUCGAACUGGCCCCGCAGACACUAUGUCAAUAUCCAACACAGGCAACCUGCCCUGUGCAGCUUCCUGGGAACCCAGGAACCCCUCAGAACUUUCAUGUUUCUUAGGCUUCACCCUGCAAUGAUGCUCCACCUGCCUACUCAGAGCUCUAUGGUCCCAGCUUUGCACACUCAGGGGCUGCCACAGUCCCUACUAUGUCAGCUGCUCUUCCCGGCGCCUCUCUUUAUCUUCCUAUGGCCGGGUCUGUGGCUGUUGGGCCUUUAGGUUCCACAAUCCCCACGGCUUGUUAUCCAGUUGGUCCCGCAUAUCUGCCUGGUUCAGCAGUGCUGGUGGAAGGCGGGUAUGAUGCGGGUGCCACAUUUGGAGCGGGGGCUACUGCUGGCAGAGUUCCUCCUCCGCCCCCUGGAUGCCCUCCAGCACUGCAGGCAGCUGACGUCCUGGUAACUCAGCUGAACGGAAGCUUCUUCACGGGUGGUUCAGAUGGUAGUGCCACCAUCUGGGGAGGAACCAAUGCUGCUUUUGUGCCAGAAAAGACAUCAGGUACCUUCAGCAAUUCUCACAAUGUAAUUGCUUUAAUCAUACUAACCUUUCAUUGCCCUUUUAUUGCAGUUUAG